AUGAAUUCGAAACCUGUUGACGACAAAGCUAAACAAUCCGGUUCUGAAAAAGCUAAGGAGACAGUGGCCGAAACCUCGAAAUCAUCUGAAAACAAAAGAAUUAUCCUGAAUGUCGGCGGCAUUAAGUAUGAAACCUACCGCGAAACUCUCACAGCAUACCCAGAUACGCUGCUAGGUACAAUGUUCCAUCCGCGCAACCAAGAACUUCUUCGACCGGUUGAGGGCACUACAAACGAAUUCUUUUUCGACAGAGAUGGGCAUGCUUUUUACUACAUCAUGGAAUUCUACCGAACCGGAACCAUCUCGUGGCAUCCACCACCAGAUCCGCCGGCGACACCAAAGUAUUCUCGACAUCCUCUCCCUAAAGCUCCUGCUUCACCCACGUUAAAUCAGAGUUCGAGUAGUAACGCUGGGACAAACAAUGGCACAGAUGGGCAAUGUCCGCCACCGCCAUACAUAACGUCACUGGCACAGCUAGAAAGUGAAUUACUGUAUUUUAACGUACAACAAUCGUACAGCAAAAGCGAUCUAUCCUAUAAGGCCGGAGGGGAGUUGCUUGAUGACUUUGCCUAUGCAAUAGAAGAGCUUAUCUGCUGCGCUAUAGCAAAAAUAGUAGAUCGUAUCGCAGUCACUUUCUAUCGGGAUGGUACGCCGAUGGAAUGCCCAAUCUCAACUCCUGGCAACAAAUUGAGAGAUUUCUCAGUCAAUGGAUACUGUAUUAUCAAUCAUUUUUAUGAAGACAUAAAAGGAUAUUUGGAAACCAUAUACCCUCAGAUCCAAUUCAAAUUAGAUUUUGGUACGAAUUACAAAAAUGUUACUAUUUCUAUGAGUUAUAUCUUUAAAAGAAACACAAUUAGAGUGCACAGCAAGGUUGGAAAGGUCAAUUUGACCGAGAAUAACGAUGUCAUUAAUGAAGAAUCGACGUACGUUCAACCCGCACAAAUAAUUUCCCGCAGCAACGUUAAACAAACUUAUGAGUUAGUUCACGGGAUCUUCGGCGAAACGUUUAAGGCGUUAACAAAUAAAAGUGCAGAUGAGCUCAUUCUCGUCGCAAAACAAGAAGUUGAACUCGGAAAGAUGACGCAUGAAUUUGAUUGUGUCGAGUUAAAACGAAGAGUAGAGAUAAUGCCGCAUCGUCUCCCCCCGCCAUAUUUCAGUGACAGAUGGUCUAAAUCACUAAAACUUUAA